CCUGUCGCCCCCAGCACAACAACGGUGUCCAGCGGUGUCCUCUGUUCCAUGGGGGAUGGUUCUAUAAGAAAGAGACCACCGGUGUCCCUGGUGAGGGAGGCUGCCUGUUGUAGUAAGGUAUGGUGAAGGGCUCCGCAGUGUAGCGCGGCAGAGGGUCCAGUAGCUGAGGCCGGGACGGAGCGGACCGAGCGUGCUGCGCAGAGCAGCAGCUUGGGUUUCCAGCCGCUGAGCCCCCAUCAGGUCUGUGAAGACCACGGUUAAGAAGAAUUCCAGAUACAAUGAUAAACACAGUGUGCAUGAAGAUGGCUCGGAUCCUGAGACUACAUCUAACAAACGCUUCCUUGAUUCCUCCUGGGGUAAAAAUGCUCUCAGUUCCUGGAUCUAGGAUGAUAUCGACCCAUAAAUCCAAGAAGCUCAGAGAAUAUUACAGGCUGCUGAAUCUAGAUGAAGGAUGCUCUGUAGAUGACGUCAGGGAGUCUUUUCAUAAGCUUGCCAAGCAGUACCACCCAGACAGCGGUUCUACCGAUGCUGAUUCUGCAGCGUUUAUAAAGAUUGAAGAGGCAUAUAGGAAUGUGCUGUCCCAUGUGAUAAAACAGACACAUGCCAGACGGAAUAAAGCAGAAGAUGCAGAAGAAGAAGAAAAAGAAGAAGAAAAAUUCAAAUAUAACACACCUCAGCACCGACAUUACUUAAGCUUCGAAGGCGUUGGUUUUGGGACUCCAAGUCAGCGAGAGAAACAAUACAGACAGUUUAGGGCAGACCGUGCGACGGAGCAGGUGAUGGAAUACCAAAGGCAGAAGCUUCAAAAGGAGUACUUUGCCAACAGCAUAACUGUCAAAGACGUACGGCAGAGCAAAGAACAGAAGAUAACUCAAGCCAUAGAGCGCCUGGUGGAGGACCUCAUUCAAGAAUCCAUGGCAAAAGGAGACUUUGACAAUCUCAGUGGGAAAGGAAAACCUCUGAAGAAGUUUUCUGGCUGCUCAUAUAUUGAUCCCAUGACACACAACCUGAACCGAAUAUUGAUAGAUAAUGGAUACCAACCAGAGUGGAUUCUGAUGCAGAAGGAAAUUAAGGAUACCAUUGAGCAACUUCGAGAAGCACUUUUAGUGUCUAGGAAGAAGCUUGGGACCCAUCUGUCACCAGGAGAGCAGAAACAAUGGGCCCAGGUGUGUGAGCAGUUUCAAGAAAACAUACGAAAGCUAAACAAGCGAAUUAGUGAUUUCAACUUGAUUGUUCCCAUUCUGACCAGGCAGAAAGUCCAUUUUGACGCACAGAAAGAAAUUAUCAGAGUCCAAGAAAUGUAUGGGGCCUUCGUAGAAGCAAAAGAAGUCACAGAAGACAAACAAACUGAUGUUAGCCAGGGAGAAGAAGAGAAAACACCCAGAGUCAAGUCAGGCUUUCUAAACUGGCUGAACCUGUCAAAAUUUAUUAAAACAUGAUUACUCUGACUUUCA